GGCACAUCCCCACCUGGUCUUAGACGAUACAAUACAAUACAAUACAAUACAAUACAGUAACGCGUCGUGACGUGACGCUAUCGUGAACCCUCCGUGUUCGUGUCAGAACAACUGAGCCGUUAGCCUUCACGCUCACGAACCCAAUCAACUCCGACGCCAAGGUCUGGAUGCCACUUCGAAACAAAAACAUACACAGCCGUAAUUCAACCCCAGUUCAGACAUGGCGCCCCGGCCUCAGGCGCAACGGCGCAAUCCUCAGUCGUCGCAAAACGAGCAUGUCUAUGACCUGGGCGUUAGGGGAAGGAAAACGGGCAUAAUGGUCCAAGACACGGGAGAGCGCGAUGAAUUUGGAAUGGAACCCGAUGACGAUUUAUUCUCUUCGCCCGAGAAAGGCACAUAUGGCAACGCAAAUGCGCCCCACUCAUCCGAGUCCGACGACGAACAAGAUAUGGAGAUCGAUGAAGCCUCCACCCUCGGACCCGCGACAGUGGCCCGCAUGAGGAAAGAUAGAAUCUCCCUCCCCAAGUCCCGAUCGCCAGGCAAGACCUUUCUCAAUUCGCCAGCUCGUCACAAUCCCCACAUCGGGCGCACCUCUUCGCCCAUGCGCGGAAGUGUCGUUGGAGACGAAGAACAGGAACAGGAGCGGGAGCACCCCAGUCCAACCAAGUCCGCGAAGCGUCGCCUCGACUUUUCCAAGGACCCCAGAAUAAAACCUGUCGCAACACAGUCGCAACCAAAUGGAUCGACCCACAAGACAUCCAGUCAAGCAUUGAGGGCACAGAGUCAGGGCUCGAAACCCACAAGGGUCAAUGGCUUUGCGCAGAGCGACUCGGACGAUGCACAACCCGUCAGGCGAAGGCCCAACGCGGCGUCGCCUGUGCUAGAGGAUGACGAUGACGAUGACGAUGACGAGGAAGAGGAAGAGGAAGAGGAGCCUAUGGACUUCCUAGACGCCGGAGACGACGAUGUAGAGCUUCCGGAUGGAGACGAAGACCCAUCAGUGGAAGAGGAGGAACCAGAAGAAGAACCCGUCCCGGUAGCAAAGCCGCAGCCUAAGAAGCGCGGCCGCAAACCGAAAAUCCCAUCUCCAGCCAUUGAGGAGUCGUCCGAACCGGAGCCCGAACCUGAAUCAGAGCCAGAGCCAGAGCCAGCAUCCGAGGUACGAAAGGUGCAAGGAGAGCCCCUGAAGAAAAAGAGAGGUCGCCCUGGCAAGAGACCUUCUACGGAAGUGGUGGAACCAGCGAAACCGGCAAAGCGACCAAGAGGAAGGCCAUCUCUAAACAAGGACAAGGACGAUUCCAACCAAGCUGAAACAAGUGCUGUCGCCGAGGCACGCGGAGCCAAGAAGCAAAAGCCUGAACCAAAGCGAAAGGAGAGCAAACCUGAGAGCUCCAAACCUGAGGCCUCUAAAGCGGCUACGGCAAAGGCUCAACCCGGCCGGAAGCGGAAAUCUUCGAAUGUAGGCAGCGGAGGUUCGCCAGUGGUACCCCCUCGCCCUCCUAUGCCAAAGAGACGCAGUCUGGUCAGUCAAAGGCGCGAUAAUUUCGAGGUCAGGACGACUCGGUCUGGUAGAGUCUCAACAAAACCGUUGGAGUUCUGGCGUGGUGAGCACUAUGAGUAUGAUGAUCAAGAUGACGAGGUCGUCGAGGACAAGCAAGGCCGCCGCAUCAAAAUUGGUUCCAAGUUGAAGGGUGUCGUUCGGGUGGAAUACGACGAGGACAGACCCAAACGCCGUCGGGGUAGGCCCGCCUCUGCAGCCCCCGGUCGUCCCAAGCGUCCCGUUUUCGAUGUCGCGGAAGAGGAAGAGGAAGACCGCGAGGAGUGGGAGGACGAUCCUGGUCGUGUGGUGGGAGAGUGCAUCUACUGGCACCCGGACUACGAGUUCAGCCCCCCGCAGGAUGAAGAUCAGGUCGAGGUUGCAGAGGAGGAGAUCGCGAUAUCCGAGGCCGCGAUCCAGAUGAAGGACAUCAAGGACGCCACAUUCCGGUUCGCCAAGACACUGACGUUGCCAUUCUUCGGAUCUGGAGUCGUAGACUUGCCGCCGCAUUCGGAAAAGCGCACUAAGAACGCGAGGAAGAUGCAGAUGGUCUUCUUCGUGCAUUAUGGCAACGUGGACGUGACGGUCGCCUCGAACCAGUUCAGAAUCACGAAAGGUGGCACUUGGUUUGUGCCCAGGGGAAACAAUUACAGUAUCACAAACGAUACGGACAAGCCAGCGCGGCUAUUCUUCUGUCAGGGCUGCGAGAUGACCCAGCCGGCAGAGAGCCAGGAAAUGUAGUCCCUGUGUGCAUACAGGCUGUCAAGCAGUGGCUACGUCCCUUGCAGUGGAUAGUCGAGCAGUACCACGACUACCACGACAAGUAAUUUUUAGGCAAUGAGCCUAAGUAUGUUA